UCCCAGCACCAACUCUCCCCUUCCCUACCUCCUGCUCUCUCCCUCAGCAUCCUUCACUCUCAGUAUGCCCCCCCCCCCUCCCAGCCUCUUCUCACACUCUCCUUCCAUACAACUCACAUUACAGAAGUGCCUCGUACAAAAGUGCCAUGCAGAAAAAAAAAUGUACACAGACACCCGACGGUGAUCAAAAAAUAUGAAAACAAUGGUUUUUUCCGCCUAGUGUCGUGAUCUGAAUUACAAUUUCCAAUAUAACUCCGUGUGAAGCAGCGCCUCCUAGGACUUCUUGAGGAAUUAUACAACGCUUGACUAAACUUUUAAGUAUUACCUAGCUGGUGCAGCAAAGUCAACAUUUAACGGUGUGACGAACUGAUAAUAAUAGCGACAUUUGUGAUUACAAGAGUCGAACACUAUAGUGAUUACACGUAUCAGUGCGGUGUUUAUCUUGUGUUAUCAAAAGGGUUUGUUACUGGUGAUGGUGAUUACAUGUUUAGGUGAGGGUUUGUCUUGGUGUUGAGACAAAAGAUGGCACAUCAAGUUAUUGUGUCAGGUUUAAAGCCUACUGACUAUACGGUUAUUAAAAACGCAGUUCACAUAUAAACUAAUAAUCAAGAGCAAUUUAAUCCCUGAAAUAGUUUCUAAAGUAAAUUCUCAAGAGCAAUUUAAUCCCUGAAAUAGUUUCUAAAGUAAAUUCUCAAGUGUUUACAUUUACACUGAAAAAAAUAUAGACCUCGCUGUAUACAAUUAAAUAAACCUCUUGGUGUAUAUACACUAAGAAACUUCGUAUUCUCUGUACACUAAAAAUUAAGCAUAUCGCUGUGUAUAUUGCCUGUGAGAGCCUUGAUUACAAACAAGUUGACUAGUACCAGAACAACUGGAAGAGCAGGUCUUCACCAGCUCUCAAUAGUGUGCGCCCCAGUGACCUUUCUGUUAACACCAAAACUAACAAAAACUAUUACGUCUCUUGGAAGAAAACCAACGCAAGGAUCAAUGUAGGACAAGGGACAAAUUAGCAAAGUACAACAACUACCGUCUACCCUAACCCCUGGACACUGAGUUCACCACUACAAGGCUAUUGUAUCUUUGCUACUGGUGAAAUUGUGACCCCAUACCGUGAUCUAACACCCCGACAUCUUUUGCCCUGGUCCGUGACACUUGACAAAUGAAAACAUGUGACCUGUGAUAAUGCAGUGUGCCUGUGUUCUCUUAUUUUAUUCGCGAGAAAGAGCUAACCCUGUACAAGUCAUACAAGCGCCAGGGACAAGAGGUAAUAGACGUCCAGUCUACGGAAGGGAUCAAGAGCCCUUCGCCAGUCAAGAUGCCUCUGCGUGAGCCGCCGCCCCACGUCAAGGCAACCUUUGGGUUGAUGGGGGUUGUGGGUAUGGUGGUGAACUUCGUUCUCUUCAUCAUGGACAUUAUCUCAGAUGCCCUACUGGCAUUCGUACUAUGGAAACAGGCCAAGGAGGAUGAGUUCAGUACUGAGCCAAUCACCUGGUUUAUCAUCACACUCUGCAUCAUCGUCCUGCCCAUGGUUGUCAUCAACAUCUUCAGUUUGUGGUGGUACUGGCAAAACAAACAAUGUCUGGGCGACUACUGUGUCUUCCACAAGAUGAGCGCACUGCAAACUGUCGUCAGAGUUAUAUUCCAUAUCAUCCUGCUUGGACCGCUUAUUCGGUACGUGGAUAUUAUAAGAUACGGCGUGAAGAUGAAGAGAGAGGUUAAACACGUGGAGAUGGGUCACAAUCAUGCUGCUGUACUAAGAAGAACGCCUAAAGGUGAAGUUCAUGCUGUUCUACAGAUGAUUAUCUCACGAGACACCGCCAUGUUGGAUAUGAUGCACAGUUUCCUGCAAGAUGCACCACAACUCAUAUUUCAGAUUUUCCUGUUGUACCGUAGUCCUGGAAUUAUCACUGGCAAAGAAGAUGCGACUGUUCUAACAACAACAGUACAGAUAUGGAAAAUCCUGCUGGGUGUAUUCGCCAUGUCUUGGUCGUUAGUGUCGUACCAGGAUGAACUACGUCGUUCAGUGCCAGAUAAACAACAACUGUCUUGUUGUGCCACCACCACCUGCCUCUUGUGGCGGGCAUCUAUGCUCGCCUCCAGAAUAAUCACAAUCGGGUCGUUCUCCGCAAUACUCCAUCCAAAUCAGGACCCAAGAUCUGUGUACUUACUACGUUGGACUGACUCCCAGGGAAACAUAGUCAUAGCGUAUCCCAUUGUCACUGUGUGUGUGUUGGCGGCUCACUGGCUUAUAAUGACUGCCUGGAUAUACGCACAGAAAACAACAUUCUGUGCGCAGGGAGACAACAGCACCCACCCAGUGUUGGAAUUCUUGUACAACUGUGUCAUCGGGUUUGUUCAUGUGUUCUGUUACAUUAAUGUCAAGGACACACCAUCCCGCAAACGAAUGGUAUUCUUCUACGCCUUCUGUCUUAUUGAGAAUUCCGCCAUGAUCGCCAUCUGGUAUGUACAGAUGGUGGUCUAUCCUGAAUCAAUUCGAGUGGUAAUAGUAUUUACCGUGGAGGUUCUGUGGGUGAUAGGAGUGUGCAGUGUCAUCGGUUAUUACGCCUUCCUGCACCCCGACCACACCAGUAUUAUCCAUCAAAGUAAUUCAGCUUCCUGGCGUCAGUGACGCACAAACUUUGUUAGGCGCCAGCGCAGGUACUCAUUCAAGCUAACUUAGCAGUAUCAUUAUACGGUAUAUGACUUACACCUACCAUUAUUUCCAGGCUCAGACUUGAAACUCGCUACUUCAUCUUCACUUCCCAAAUUUCAUCCUCGCGUUCACUCAUUAUGGACAAUUUAUCAUGUGUUUAUCUAAUGUAUGGCAUGUAUAUCUCAUUUAUUAUACAUUUUUUCCUUUUAUUCUCCUUGGCACUAUUAUAAAUAUAAUCAGUGAUUUGUAUAUGAAGGUGUUUUUAUUAAUUCGUGAUAAAGGGCCUCCUGCAAUACCAAUAAAUCGGAGUCAAUAAAGUUUCAUUUAGUAAAGCUACAAUUCAAUAUUUGUAUUAACUUCCUCAGUUACUCAUAAAAGAUCUAUUAUAGCAAGUAAUUAAUCGUGAUCAAUUUAUAUACGUGAUACCUCAAGGCAGCUCACUCUGAACAUGCUAAUUACGUUAUCAUUUAUACACAUUACAUAGAUUAUAUUAAUGGGAGAGCACUAAACCUACAUGUAAGGGUCGUACAACACCUGAAGAAAUGGAAGACUAUAAGGUUGUAUCCAAGGGAGGACAAUUAUGUAACCAAGGGACUUGGUCCUUGGUUUCUGAAUUCAUUUAGUGGAGUUUCUCGGUCUUUCUCGAGUCGUUACAUCAACGUCCGUUAAGUCGAGGGGUUAAUUUCUAUUCAAAAUUGUUUUGUGGAUAUUACUAUUGCAACUUUCUGCAAUUUAACCUCCAUGUGAUCCAAAUCCUACUUUAUUUACAGUAGUUUUCUGAGUAAAACAGCAGACUUAAAAUUUAGUUUUUAAACAGUUAAAAAAUGAAGUGAAAAUCGUACAUAAAUAAAAGCAAACUGUCAUUAAUUGAAAAGACAGACAGGGAGUUAUCCGCUGCUCAAAAAAAAAAAAAAUAAAUAAAUAAAAAAUAAAGAAAAUUUGACUGGUCAAUUGUCAAUGUUUGUACCCGCAUGUUAUAUUUUACAUAUAGUGUCCCUCUUCCUCUAGCAGUACACAGGUAUCUAGCAGCUGGUAGAGUUGUGUCGUACACGAAGCAAUGACUCCAAACAGAAUUUUGUAAUAUUUUUAAUAUAAUCUAAUAA